GCAUCGAUCAGCAUAUCUCACUACAGCAGCAAGCAAGAACUCUACCGUCGCCUUCCCUUAAUCAACACAGCUCACAUCAACAACACCCUACCGCAACUACCAUCGAGAUGCCCUGCCUUCCCAUCGACUACGACGCCCUCGCCGCCGUCUCCAGCACCCACGACCCCAGCAAGCCCAUCUACAUGCUCAACCUCUGGAAAUACCGGCCAAGCGCCGUUUACGCCUCUGAGCACGCCGCUCUCGCAGGCCAGCCAUGCACCGGCCGCGAAGCCAUGGAUCGCUACAUCACCGCCUUGCGCCCGCUUCUUCCACAGGGUGUUGGGCGUAUCUUCAGGAGCGUGCCGAUUGCGUCUGUUAUUGCGCCGAAGGGCGAGGAAUGGGAUCUUGUGGCGAUCAAUAGGUACCCGACGCUUGAGGGGUUUAGGGAGAUGCUGGAGAGUAGGGAGUAUAGGGAGAGGGCGCUGCCACAUCGGGAGGCGGGGUUGGAGGAGUGUCGGUUGGUUAUGUUGGAUAAGAUGGAGUGAGGAGUGCACUCACAGUGUUCCCCUUGCUUGAUCUCAGAACGUCUGUUCUUUACUGCGCGAGGAAGU